AUGGUGAGGGGGAAGACGGAGAUGAAGAGGAUUGAAAACGCAACGAGUAGGCAAGUGACCUUCUCCAAGAGAAGAAAUGGACUUUUGAAGAAAGCUUUUGAAUUAUCGGUCCUUUGUGAUGCUGAAGUUGCUUUGAUCAUCUUCUCUCCAAGAUCCAAACUCUAUGAGUUCUCUAGUUCAAGUAUAGCAAAAACAAUAGAACGAUAUCAGAAACGAGUCAAAGAAAUUGGUCUCAACCAUAAGAGAGAUGAUAAUUCUCAGCAAGCGAGGAACGAAACAAAUGGCUUGACCAAAAAGAUUGAACAGCUAGAGAUCUCUAAAAGAAAAUUGCUUGGAGAAGGUAUUGAUGUAUGUUCUAUCGAGGAGCUGCAACAUUUAGAGAAUCAGUUGGACCGAAGCUUGACAAAGAUUAGAGCCAAGAAGUACCAGUUACUCCGUGAAAAAAUUGAGAAGCUGAAGGAAGAGGAGAGGAAGCUCACCAUGGAAAAUAAAGAACUGAAGGAGAAGUGUCUUGGAAUGGGAAUGGGAACGGGAACGGGAGCAAUAGUAGCAUCAUCGUCGUCAACCUUAUCAUCAGCAGAAGUUGACAAUGACAUGGAAGUGGAGACUGGUUUGUUCAUUGGACCUCCUGAGACAAGACAAUCCAAGAAAACUCCUCCUCCUCAAAAUUAA